GUGCCGGGGGGAGGGGAGGGGAGUGGCGGCGGCUGUGGCGGGCGGCUCUCGCUUCGGCCCGGGCAGUGGCGUAGACGACGGCGGAGUCGCAGCAUCCGCGAGCGCUCGCCACAGUGUCAGCCGCCAGCGACGGCGCCAGAGCUGGGAGUUAGGGACACGCUCGCCGGACCUUCCGCCGUGGUCAUCGCCGCCGCCGCCGCCGCCCAGAGCCUGAAGCGCCCGGGCCCGGGAGCGCGGGGGGCGGGCGUGCGGGCCGGCGGGCUGGGGGGCGGGAGGGGGAUGGCGCCGGCCGCGUCGAGUCCCGGAGGCGGCAAAGCGCAACUUUCCUCCGCCGCUCCCUUCGCGGCAGGGCUCCUGCUGCCGCCCCCGACGCCGCCGCCGCCGCUGCUGCUGCUGCUCUUCCCUCUGCUGCUGCUCUCCCGGCUCUGUGGUGCCUUAGCUGGACCAAUUAUUGUGGAGCCACAUAUCACAGCAGUAUGGGGGAAGAAUGUUUCACUCAAGUGUUUAAUUGAAGUGAAUGAAACUAUAACACAAAUUUCAUGGGAGAAGAUACAUGGCAAAAAUACACAGACUGUUGCAGUUCAUCAUCCUCAGUAUGGGUUCUCUGUUCAAGGAGAAUAUCAGGGAAGAGUCUCGUUUAAAAAUUAUUCACUUAAUGAUGCAACAAUUACUCUGCAUAAUAUAGGAUUUUCUGAUUCUGGAAAAUACAUUUGCAAAGCUGUUACGUUCCCACUUGGAAAUGCCCAGUCCUCUACAACUGUAACUGUGUUAGUUGAACCCACGGUGAGCCUGACAAAAGGGGUAGAUUCUUUAAUCGAUGGAGGAAAUGAAACAGUAGCAGCCACUUGCACAGCAGCUACUGGAAAACCGGUUGCACGCAUUACCUGGGAAGGUGACCUUGGUGAAACAGAAUCCUCUACAACUAACUUUGCAAAUGAAACAGCAACAAUUGUCAGCAAGUAUAAGCUGUUUCCAACUCGAUUUGCUAGAGGAAGACGAAUUACUUGUGUUGUGAAACAUCCAGCCUUGGAAAAGGACAUCCGAUACUCUUUCGUGUUAGAUAUACAAUAUGCCCCUGAAGUUUCAGUAACAGGGUAUGAUGGAAAUUGGUUUGUGGGAAGAAAAGGUGUUAAUCUCAAGUGUAAUGCUGAUGCAAAUCCACCACCUUUUAAAUCUGUGUGGAGCAGGUUGGAUGGACUGUGGCCUGAUGGCUUACUGGCUUCAGACAAUACUCUUCAUUUUGUCCAUCCACUGACUUUCAAUUAUUCUGGUGUUUAUGUCUGUAAAGUGACAAAUUCCCUUGGGCAAAGAAGUGAUCAAAAGGUUAUCUAUAUUUCUGAUGCUCCACUUAAACAGACAUCGUCCAUAGCCGUAGCUGGAGCUGUAAUUGGAGCUGUCCUGGCCCUGUUCAUCAUUGCUGUCUUUGUGAUUGCACUGCUCACUCCUCGGAAAAAGAGAUCAUCCUACCUUGACAAAGUGAUCGACCUUCCUCCUACACAUAAACCACCUCCUGUAUAUGAAGAACAAUCCCCACCUUUGCCCCAAAAAGACCUUCUUUAUCAGACCGAACACUCACCUCUGCAGACUCAAUUCAAAGAAAAAGAAGCUGGUAGUCUUCUGCCCUCUAAUGGACUGAAUAGCAAAAGAUUUGACUAUGAAGAUGAGAGCACAGUGGGAGAAGAUGGAAUUCAGCAGAUGUACCCCCUUUACAGUCAGAUGUGCUACAAAGAUCCAAGCACUGGCAAACAUCAAAGCACCAACCCUGAGAAAGUCUACAUCAACCCACGAGAACAUUAUGUGUGAUUUUCCUCAUUUUCCAAUGGGUUUUUAACAAAUGUUUAGUCUUAGAUUGGGGAGAAAAAAACUGAGGCCAAUAGUUAUUUUAUUCUCUCUCAUAUAACAGUCCCAAUCUAAGGGUAUUAAAAGUCUUGAUGAAUGGCUUGGAGCUAAUAGAUUUCUUUCCUUCAUUAGGGGUUUCUUAACCACCAGCUGUGUUUGUGAACUUGCCUACUGCUUUGUGUGUUUCUGUGAUGCUGGUGUUUAACUACUAACAUUUGGCCUCCGAUGGAAUGUUCAUUUGAAAGUACAGCAUCUGCCUGUGAUGACUGCAGUGAUUCUUCUGAAAGAGAGGCCCCAGCUGGUAGUGUUCACCUCCUUGGGUCUCCAGCAGCCAGCCUGUUCCUCUAUAAUUCAAACGGGUAGAAAAAUGAGUCCAGAAUUCAUUUCACUAGUUGCUUAGCCAGAAUUUAGAUUUGCCUAACAUGCAGAAUACAAUUGAAAUACCCAAGUACAAACAGAGGCCUGAGGAGAUAGACAUUUGCUUUUUAUCCAGAAUAACAGCAAAAAGCAUUUUAAAGUGUUAAAACAUUAGUUGCUUUUAAACUGUCCUAUUACUGUAUAAGUUACUGCGGAUCCAUAGUCCCUUCUGUCACCUGCCCCUGGGAACCAGCUAUGAAUCUUGCAGGUUUCACUCUUGCUCUGCCAUGAUCCCCACACCCUUGUUGUUUACAUGCAGAUACAAUGGUGUCCUGUUUUAGAAGCCACACUCAAUGGUAUGCAGCCCAUAGCCCUGCCCCUCUCUUCUCUAUUCAAGCUGUUUUCACUUCUGACAUUUCUUACAAACUGAUCUCAGUCUACACAAGUGUUAGCUACCCUUCUGCAUUCUUCAGACUACCUGUCUUCCGUGUUUUAUCUACCUCAGAAAAGACCACUGGAAAAUCACCAUGAAAUAACUUCUGUUAAUAAAAGCCAGGAAAUUUGAAAACUCUUUUUGAAGCUAUUUCAAUAUGUAAUAUAUGCUAAACCUAUGUGUCCUCUAUCCCUCCUCCUCUACUUUACUUGGUCAACAAGAGUAAAGAGAUGCCAAAAAGAAAGGAAGAUAGUGACUUACCUAUUAGGGUGUCCUACAAAGCUUUGAUGUUUGCCGAAGUAUCCCAGGUACAUGUCAAAUGUCAAUCACUCUCCCUCACGUCUUAAAGAAAGUGUAAUUUUAUUGUGCAUUCUGGAAGAUGAGAUGUGUCACAGAUUUUUUUUAAACCUACAAGCUUGUCAUAUUAUUUUUAAAAGGUGGCAUGCACACUCAAAUAAAUGGUGUAGGACAUGUUUCUAAGCUAAAGUGCAAAGAGACUAUUAACAGAUCUCUAAUGAGAUGCCAAAGAUACUUUAUGGUUCAUGUUGUGCUGACUUUAAUUCUUGUUUUCUUUCUUUUUCUAUUUGCCAUAUAAACUACAUACCCUUCUACCUAGUAAUCACUCUCCCUUAUCACUUGGGUGACCAACAAUCCUGGGGAAAAGGAUGUUUAACUUCCAUCUCAGUGCUCUGGCUAGGUAAUUAGCAAUUUUAAAGAUAAUAACUGCCGAGCAUCAAAGGGUAAAUUCUAAUGAACCUCAUUGCUGAAUCCCCAUUGCUACCUCAGAGAAAGAGUUUACUGCCCUUUGUAGAAAAGAGGAUACUCGAACUUUAUUACUUAGAAUGCCAUCACUGAGUCAGUGUAACUAAAGAUAUAGGAAUUUUGAAAUAUUUGUCCCUCAAUAAAAUGACUGUGGUCAGAAUAGCAAAGUUGCAUCCAGAAAAUACUGGGUGCAAAGCCAGAUGUGGUGGCACACAUCUGUAACCCCAGCACUUGAGAGGCUGAGGAAAGAAGAUCCUUGCAAGUUCAAGGCGAGCCUGAACUGCUAGUGAGACCCUGUCCCCAAAAGACUAAAUAAAUAAGUAAGUAAAUACUGGAUGUUACAGAGAGGAGGUACAUUGUCUUCUAGAAUACUGCUGGAAGCAGGUUGUUCAAUUAGCUUAACCAAAGCACACUGUGGACACCAGGAGAGCAGAGAUGUCUUCAUCUGCAGAGAAAGGGAUUUGAACACCACAUUUGAGGAACUCUCUGUCCUGUCCCACAAGGAAUCCACUGUCUACCCUCAACAUUCUUAAUAUAGUUAUAGAAAAAAAAUUUUAGGACAUAAACAUGUCCUAUGCAGAAAGCUACUGUAACAUUGUCUUUUCCUGUCAGCUAUGACAUUUCUUGAACAGACAGGCAACUUUAUAGCUAUUGGCCCUUGUAGGGGCCACAUGACUCUAUAAUAGCUUGUCCUGGUGCCUCCCAUCUGUUCUCUCUAAAAUCUUUGCUAAAUAAAGAGGAGCUUUAAAAGGAUUUGACCAAUCCGCCCCUCAGCUGAAGAAACAGCAUCCAGAAUUAGCCUGUGGAUCUCCAAAUGUGGAGUCCAGACUACUUGAUGAUGCCAUUUAAAUUUGGAAGUUAGACUCUCACAGGUCAGUGAGUUAGGCUGAGGUGUAUGAUUGGCAGCUGGUAUUAGAUACUCUUUUCAUAACUGGUUUACUAAAACACACAAGCAGGAAUAAGUUCCCACAGCACACACUGCUUUUGGUUGUACCCUUUAAUUUGAAGUAAAAGGGAGUGUGCACACAGUAAACACAGCCUGUGCCGCCUGGUUAGUAAGCAGUCCAUCUCCAGGCCUGCAUACCAGCUCGUACCAAGUGUCUGCACCACCCUCGGUCAACCCAAUGUCAUGGCUUAGGAAUCUUAAUCGUUAGUGAUGUAUUAUCUUUUCUAUGAGGGUUCUCCCUUUGCCCGGCCUUCUUACAUGUUCCAAAUUUGAAGAAGUUUGUGCUCUUUGGGAACACAUGAUACGAAAUUCUUACUUUUGCUAGACUUCUCUAUAAUGUACAAACAGUAGUGAUUAAAAAAAAAUAUGCUGAAAACUAAAUGAACUGGUUCCCUCAUUAUUUUCUUUACUCUUAGGACCAGUACAGUUUCUUCAUCCUUCUGUUGAAAAUGAUUUCCUAAGUCCUCUUUCAUAGUAGUAUAAAAGUGUCAAUUUUGUUUGUGAUUGUUCAGUCUUUCCCUACCCUGUGCCAGUUUCCUGGUGCUAUUCUUCAUAUACAAUAGAGCCAGCUUUUGAGUUGCCUAUUCCCUGUGGUGUAGAGUAUAGACCACUAUUCCAGCAAUCAGAAGAACAGGUUCUACUCCUGGCUUUUCCCCCUUCCAACCGUAAAAUCUUAGGCAAUUCACUUAACCGAUUGUCUUCAUCCACAAAGCAGAAAUUAUAAUAACUUCCCUGCCAGCCUCUCAGAAUUGUGGUGAGAAUUAAACAAGGUGAUAAUUGAUGGGAAAUUGUAAGUUCUCUUCAUGCAGUCAAGUGCCUAUGACUGUCUUAGUGUUCCAUGUCAAACCUUAACAUCCAGUGCCCUUGUCAGCUUUCAAAGUACUGUAGUGUAUCCGAGGAAGAACCACGCAGCAACAUAGAAGAACCAAGCUGCAUCAUGGAAGUUUCAGUUUGACUUAACGUGACUUAAUGUAUAGGUGGCAGAUAUUUCGUUUACUAUAAUGAAUGUUUGUCAUAUGGCAAGGUUUAUAUCUGAAUCUUUUAAGUUUGAAAACGUACAUUACUAUAACCUGUAGGUGCUCUCAUUUUACACAUUAAUAGUAGUAACUGCUAACAUCAUUGAGUAUGUAGCAUGGACAGGAUUCUUGGAAAGUGAACAGGAUCUUACUGAACAGGAUCAGAAUCCUGUUUUGUCCUAUUUGCAGGAGCCCCACACAACAUGAAGGGAUAAUUGUUACUUCCUUUAAAUUUACUUUUGAUAUUAGGAAAUAAAAUUGUCUUAUUUCCCUUAUUUUAAAGCAGUGAUGUAAAAAGGUGUAUGGGGGAAAUAUCUAAGAAAUGUUAAAAAUGAAAACUAAUGCAUAUGCUCAUUUUUACUUAGUGUUUGACGUGUAAAUACUCAGAAAAAUUUACCUGCAUUCUAUUAACCAUAGUUAGAAAAACAACCAUCCAAAUAAUCAAAAACACUGUUUUCCACUUGCUUCAAUUUCUGUGGGCAGGAACAGCUAACAGCUCUUCCUAGCUUAGUUCUUUGAUGUACAGUACUCAGAGCUCUGUUUGUCUCACCUUUAUGGAACUCCCAGGGGUAGUGACACUUGUAAAGUGGACACCUGCAAAAGCUGGCCAAGACAAGAGAAGGGGAUGUGAAGUAGAAAUGUAGGGUCACUCCUGUGACAGAGCUCUGUGCUGCUCCUGUUUCUGCACUUCCCUGGCAAGCCCUUCCUUCAUCAUUGGGUUGUUUAAAGACCUUAGAAUACCCAAGAACUUGUAUCCCUAUGAAACUAGAAGCUAUAACAGAGCUGAUAGUUAUUCCUGUUGAAAUGUGUAGAAUCUGGGCGUUCACAACUAUUAGGUUAUUUUAGUAGCUUUCAGUAGAUAAAGUUAUGUAAGGGUGUAUUUCUUCUCUUACACCCUCACCAGGUAACACUUUACCUGGUCUUAGACCAAGCAUGGAGUCAUGCAUGUGUAUGAGCAGGCAGGCACCAGAACAGUGGGCCAAGCUGUCCUGUACGCUUGAAAACAUCCCAACUUGGUCCUAUCCUUCUAGACAUUGUAGCAACAUUCUACCUAAGAGUUUUAUUAGCAGUGAGACCAAUACUACUUGAGCAGAUUUAGUUUACCUUUCUGGUGUAAAUUUCUAAACCAGUAGGUGUGUUCCUCCUGUAUGUGGUGGUUCUACCAGUUAUUCUGCUCUACUAAAUUUCACCCUCAUUGUAGGCAUUUAAAUUUGAGUAGACUGGAAUGAAAGAACAUUUUAAAAAAUUCAGAAGAUACUCGAAAUCUUUUUGUCAUAAAUUAUCAGUUGGGGCCAUGAUAAAGAAUUUACCGAUGAAUCUCAGGGAGAAGGGAAACUAUUAAUGGCAAAAAACAUCCUCCAGUCCACUGAUUAUAAAUAAAUCCAUUUUAUUGGUCACAACCAGAAUCCCCCAGUCAGUGUUUGGAGGCUAAGGCUUUAAUCUAUAUCAAAUGACAUACUUCCCUACAUCAAAAAUACUGGUUACAUUCUUGUCUUCCAGCUGGGAGGUUUAGAGGUACAUACCUGAGUUUCAGAAGAACAGAUGUUCUCAGUGUCAGCACCACAUAAAUGUAUGGAAAAGCAACAACUCCAAGAAUUAGCAAUAGGCAGGCUGCUAUCUUCUAAGUCCUCCCAUCUAUUGCUGUGAUGUUCAUAGUUGCUGCAUGCACAUGAGUUACAUAAAAGGUGUGUCAGUUGGACCCAAGGAGAUACACUCUUGUGCUUAAAGUUACUGUUAAAUUACAGUUGCCAUCCCAAACAUUUCAGUAGUCUAAAUGCUGUUUUUUCAGAUAUUUCCUUCCUUUGUUUUGUAGAAGGGGGUGGGCAUUUGAGCUCUUGUGUUUCCUGCUAGCACUGCCAUUUAAACUUUGUAUGGUCAGGUCCCCAGUGGCCAGCCAGGAUCCUUGGUAUUGUCACCUACACUGGUUGUAUUUAUUUCCAUAGCAUGGGACUCAGUGGUGAAAGGCAAUCAGAAGCAACCUUGAGAAAUCUCCAUGAGAAUCUAGAAUAUCCAAUUUGCUACACUGACUCAAUUACAGCCACUCUUGUGACAUACGUGUCUCAAAACACGUAUAUGUCUCCCUCAGAUUAAUUUUUCUUAAUAACUCAUAGUGGAUCUGUGAAGCCUUGAGCUGUACACCAUUUUCCAAGUGAGUAGGCACCUUUGUUUUGCUUUCCAAUAUCCUUUCUGAUAAUGACAAGUAAUUUUUUCACCUAUCCUAGCAUAUCGAUCAGGCUAAAUUAAAUUCUUCUCUCCUGUCUUAUUGAUGGCUCCGUGUUCAUUAUAUAUUAAUUAGAGGCAGCAGCAAUUUGAGCUGAAUGCCUCUUCUUGUCCACAAUGCACUUCAUUUAUGUCUUUUUUCACAUAAUGUUGCAAGAAUAUAUUAUAAAUAUUCUUUUCAGCAAAGUAUUUCAAUAGACAUUUGUCAUCUUUGGUUUCACUGUAUACUUGAAAUUCCAAGGCCUUUGUCAAAAAAAGUUAAGUAGCUGGGAUUGCUACUAGAUCCCUGGAUUAUUCCACUUGUCCAUCCAUAAAAGUCCCUGUUUAUCCUUUACCUUCUGUUUCUAUUUCUAAGCCAGUGUUUUAAGACAACAUCUGUUCCAGCCUAUUCACUCUUGAUGUGGUUUCAGCCUCUUAAUAUCUUUACUUCUCAAUUUUAUUCCUGUAAGUUAGUGUUCUUCUAUAUCAUAGGGGUUUUAUUAGGGCAAGAGGAGAAUAAGAUGUUUAAGGGUUAUGUUCAAGGGAAAUCCUCCUUUUAAAGUGAUUUUACAAAAGCCCCUUGGCUUAGCAAUGAGUACCUUAUGCCUCUUUUUUCUAUUCUUAUUUUGCUAUUUUUACUUCUGAAAAGUGAUCUCUGUCUGAAGAGUCUUUAUUCUGGUUUUAACUUUCCUCUUAACCCUUUUUACACUGAAAUCUCUGCCUUAUCCAUGCUCUGAACUUUCUGCUUAUGGAGUCUAAAUUAAUUCACCCCCAACAAAUCCCCAUACUUUUACUCCCAUCAUUAAACUAGUGUUCUUUUCUGGAAGAAACAUUUCCUACAAGAAGCCAGAAGCUAAUUGGGUCUGACUCUGGGUGCAGUGAGAUCUCCCCUGUGUCCUGCUUCUCCUUGUGUAAACUGAAGAUCAUCUGCCUAUUUCACAGCUCCUGAGUGCUUAGUCCUAAUUACUAAAUGGUGAAAAGCAUUUUGCAAAUGUCCUAACAACAUGAAUACAAAGUGGAUCAUCUGGAGAGACUUUAGGUUGCAAUAGAUCCUUAUGUAGCUCAAUUGAGAAUGCUAAUCCAUUGCUUUUAGAAGAACUAUUUUACUAACUUUUUGGUGUUUCAUUAGUGAAAAUUAGUUUCUAGUCAUUUCAGCUAUUUUAUUUGGAUGUAUAAGAAAUGAGCAAUGGCAUAUAGUUUUACUUGUCAGAAACUACCCAAGUUAUAUUUUUAAAGUGAUAGAGAUGCAACAUUUGCAUAAUUGUAUUUGGGUAAAGACUAUUUUAGAUGUUACAAAAUUCAGAAAUACAAAGACUAGCUUUGAAUUUGAGAUUGUAUUUUAAAUAGUAGAUUGCUAAUGUUUUUUGGAUAGUCUUUAUUUUUAAGUUACCAUACAUUGUAUUUUAUUUUUGCAGUUUUGAAAUAUAUUAUAGUUCUUUAUAUGUUUUGAAUAAAGUUUUUAUCAACUA